ACUAAUGAUGACGUAUAAACAUGCGCGUGCUCUGCAGAAGCGAUGUUGAGGUGGGGAAUGCGUUUUAAUGUUUAUGGUUUUACUGAAUAAAGUAAUGAUCUUUCCAUGCAAUAAUAUUAACAAAAAGAUUGUUCCUAGUAUCUUCUCACUACUACAAAUUCAAAACUACGUGAAAUCUCGCUAUCGAUACCGGACCCUGUGUUCAGUGGUCCUGCAGCCGGACCGAGCAUCAACUUGCUCUGAGAGUGUUUCGAAGCCGAUGCUUGAGCAGCAUCAACACAGCGGGAUGGAUCCCAGCCUAUACACAGCUCCUCCUGAGGUCCGAGGUAUGACCUGUUUGGAUAAAGAAGUCUUCUCCCAGACAGUUAUUGUCCCAGCCCUGCGUGUGCCAAAAGAAGUCCUCAAUAAAUUGGUUAAGAGCCUGAAAAAAGUAGCACUCCAGCGCCCAGGCAUACGAAGAGUGGUGGAGGUUGAAGGCAGCGAUGACGACAGGCUCUUGUUGCUGGACCCUGCCAGUGUCUCCUCACCCGGCUCAUUCAGCGAUGCAGAGGCCGAGGCGUUGCAGUCAUUUGGAAUACCUCAAGAGCUCCAGCGGUACGAGCUGCGGCUGACCUAUGACAACCUGAAGAGUGAGGAGGUUCUGCGCGCUGUGCUGCCAGAAGGACAGGACGUCACCUCGGGGUUUAGUCGAGUGGGUCACAUUGCGCACAUGAACCUGCGGGAGCACCAGCUACCCUACAGAAACCUCAUAGGCCAAGUCAUAAUGGAUAAGAACCCUGGGGUGACCUGUGUGGUCAAUAAGACCAACACCAUCGACUCCGCCUACCGCAACUUCAAGAUGGAGGUGAUGGCUGGAGAGGAAAAUAUGGUGGCCAAAGUGCGUGAGAACGGCGUGACAUACGAGUUUGAUUUCUCCCGUGUGUAUUGGAACCCUCGUCUUAGCACCGAGCAUGAGCGUGUGGUGGCCCUUCUGAAACGCGGUGACACUGUGCUGGAUGUGUUUGCUGGCGUGGGUCCUUUUGCCAUCCCCGCUGCCCGCCGUGGCUGCACUGUGCUGGCCAACGACCUCAACCCUGAGUCUCACCGCUGGCUGCAGCACAACUGCAAACUGAACAAGGUGGAGCGUAAGGUCACCACCUUUAACCUGGAUGGCAGGGCCUUCAUCCACGGGCCACUGAAGCAGCAGCUGCCUGUCAUGAUGAAGGGGACAGCCUGUGUGCAUGUGGUCAUGAACCUUCCUGCCUUGGCCCUGGAGUUCCUGGAUGCCUUCAGAGGCCUGCUGGACCAGGGACUUUCCUGUGAUGUGAAUCUGCCGCAGGUGCACUGCUAUGGGUUCUCUAAGGAAGAUGACCCCCAGAAAGACGUGGUGGAAAGGGCCUCAGCCAGCCUGGGGUUCUCCCUAGAGGGGCUGUGCUCUGUGCAUCUAGUGAGGAACGUGGCCCCCAACAAAGAGAUGAUGUGUGUGAGCUUCACCAUCCCCAAAGAGGUUCUCUUCAGCAGAGAGAGCACACAGACAGAAGCCAUAGAAGAACCAGCCCCAAAGAGACAAAGGUGUGAGGCGACAACAAAUUGAAUAUAUUUGACCAAGGAGCCCAUUCUGAGAUGUUGAAUUUUAUUUUUGAUCUUUGAACUCUGUUCAUGUUAUUUUAUAAUUAAGUGUCAAUAAGGCUGACAUGAUCUAAAUCAUGGUUAUGCCUUGACCUAACAAGAACAUACAAACGGGUAUGUGUUGACUGUAUUUCAAAUACUGGUCCAUUAUCCAGGUCCCACAAAUAGGCAUUGUUUCAAUACUAUUCUUAUCCAACAACUGGCUUCAUUAUGUGUUUGUGUUUUUUAAAUAAAAAAGAGAUCAUACAAAAAUGGCAA